AUGCCUCAAAUUGUGAAAGCUCGUCGUCUUGAGGGUCAAGUUGCCAUUGUCACCGCCGCUACUUUGGGAAUCGGUUAUGCUAUUGCCGAACGCCUCGGUCUUGAGGGAGCCGCUGUGGUGAUUUGCAGUCGGAAGAAGGAAAAUGUUGAAGAAGCAGUCGCUUCUCUGAAAAAAGCCGGCGUGCAAAAAGUUGCCGGAAUCGAAUGCCAGAUCUCAAAUCCCGAACAUCAAAAGCGGCUCGUUGAUUUUACUAUCGAGAAAUUUGGCAAGAUCAACAUCCUCAUCAACAAUCACGGUAUCAAUCCAGCUUUCGGCGAUAUGAUGGAUCUCGAAGAUCGGACAUGGGACAAGCUUUUUGAGACAAACGUCAAAUCGGGAUGGCAGCUCACGAAACUUGUUGUGCCACACAUGCAAAAGGAGGGCGGUGGGAACAUUGUCUUCAAUGCCUCAAUCGGUGGAUACAUCACGUCACCAAUGAUCGCCACGUAUGCUGUGACAAAAACGGCUCUUCUUGGCCUAACAAAAGCUCUCUCUCGUGAGCUGUCAAGGCAGAAAAUUCGCGUAAACGGAAUCGCUCCCGGAGUUAUCAAAACGAAAAUGAGCAAAGCGUUAUGGGAGAGCGGCGAGGAGGGUCUGGCUGCUGCCCAAGAGAUCUCAAUGGGUCGCCUGGGAGUUCCGGAGGAUUGCGCGGGAGCGGUGGCUUUCCUUGUUUCAGAUGACGCGUCGUACAUCACAGGAGAGACAAUUGUCAUUGCUGGAGGAGUGCAUGCUAGACUC